AGCGCUUGUCCAUCCCACCAGUGCUGAGCAACUGGGUAUUCCGGAGGCAAAAAAAGAAACAAAACUCAAAAAACCAUUCCUUCAGAAAGAAAAAGAAAGAGAAAAACACUACUGCGAUUCUCUUUGCAGGGCCGCCUGUUUCCUCAACAGUGCGACAGAAGAACAGACACAUCGCCAACGUCGAUCGAAGACGAUAAGCCGAUAAGCGACAUUUCGAUCGAUUUGCUCUCCCAGAUCAGUGAUCUAGGAACACAGCAUCCGAAGCUGGUCUCUACCCGACGCAGAUUAUCUAUAUUCAACCAGCAUCAUGAGUUCUUUGACCAGAGCAUUCACCAAGCGCAACAAGCGCCCUGAGGUGUCUGCGCCGAUGCCCUACCGCGAAGGCAUUCCUCUGCCCAAGUCCGCGAGCGUUCGCCGCCCCAAGAUUUCAGGACCCAUGAACUUGAUCUCGACGACCAACAUGCUGGCCUAUAAUGCGCCCGACCUGCCGUCCGCGGUCUCGUCUUCGUCUUCCUCGAUCCGGUCCGGUGAUGAAUCGGAUGUGGCUCUGACCCCUAACAGCUUCGCAUCACCGAUUACCUCGCCCAGUAUCACGUCAGACGAGACGUCCCCCCUCGGCCCGGAGCCUAACCAUCUGACGUCCUACUUUCCAAAGCGGUCCGCGACAGUCAGCAGCACCCCGCGCUCGUCUACCUCGUCGACUUCCGCGGACGCACCCGCCGUGCCCAAGCGCGCGCUCUCCCACACCAAGAGAUCCCACCAGGAACUCGCCCGCAAGCGAUCGAUGUCGCGCAUGUCUCCGCCCCCCAACUCGCUGCGUGCCGUCCGCUCCAGCCAGGACUUCUUCCAGCCCAUCGACUCUGCGAGUCACCCAUUCAGCCGGGAGCUGGAGCAGGUCAACGAAGUGGUGGAGGACUUUGGCGGCAGUCGUGUUGUGCUCGACGAGGAGGAACAGAUCCUGUUGAACAAGGGUCUGAAGAAAUUCAGCGUGGAGGACUACAUCACUGAGAUCGAGGAGUUAUAUGGCAGCAUCUUCAACGACCAGUUGGGCCCCGUGAGCAGCAGUGCCUGGCUCUAAGCUUUCCAGGGAGCGCUAUGUUAACGUGAUGUACGACAACCACUGUACCACAUAACGAAAUCGAGGGAACUGGUUACUUCCCGAGAUGAUCGACUUUCCGUUCUUGAGUCGUCUUCCUUCGUACG